GCCGGUAAGUUAUUCAAAUUUUAUUAUAAAAAAUCUAGAUAAACUAGGACCAAAUUCAUGUUUUCCUACUAUAAAAAUAAUGGUUAAAAUAACAGUUAUCGCAACCAAGCUUUUUAACGCUCUAUUAAACAAUUUUAUUUUUCCUAUCUAAAAUUUUGUUAAAUACAAGACCAAGCUAACAAAAGUAAUAGACAUUAUAUAAAUUUCAUAUCGGUAAAAAAAUUAGAUGAAGUUAUUAUAUUAAAAAAUGAGAUUGUUUAUUACCGACCUUUCACUUUUAUGCUUGUUGAAUAUUGCAUCAUAAUUUAUUGAUAUGUAAAACGUAAAGUAAUUGCAUAAAAUGAAAUGUAUACGUUACUACAUCUUACAGAAUGUAAAUUUCCAAUUUCGAGGUCUCAUUGCGCCCGUCUUCACACCUUUCAAUAAUGAUGAGAGUUUAAACAUAUCGAUAAUACCACAAUAUGCAAAAUUUUUGGCCUCAAAAAAUAUUAAUGGAAUUUUAGUUAAUGGAACUACAGGAGAAGGUACAUCUUUAUCUCUCGAUGAAAGAAAAAAUGUGGCGGAAACAUGGGUAACUGCUGUCAAAGAAACCAAGCAACACCUUAUGGUUCAAGUUGGAGGAGCCGCCUUGAAGGAUGUAAAAGAACUUGCUGCGCAUGCGGAAAAAAUUGGAGUGGAUUCUAUUUUAUGUUUACCAGAAUUGUAUUUUAAGCCAUGCAAUAUCGAAGAGCUUACUGAUUACUUAUAUACUGUUGGUGCAUCGGCGCCAAAAACUCCACUUUUAUACUAUCACAUUCCUAUGCUUUCUUCGGUGAAUAUAAAUAUGGUUAAAUUUCUGGAGUCAGUAGGAGAAAAGGUUCCAACAUUCUGCGGAAUCAAAUUUACAAGUAAUGAUUUAGCUGAAGGCUGUCAAGCUGCUGCGGCAAAUAGUAGACUAGAAGUUUUUCUUGGUAGCGAUGUCCUAAUGUCUGCUGGUUGUACACUUGGCAUGGAUUCGUUUAUAAUGACAAGUUUGAAUUUUAUUCCGGAGCCUGCUCUAGAACUACUCAAAUUUGGUAAGGGUGACCGAGAUUUAAAAAGUGCUCGUAAAAACCAAGAAUUCAUCAGCAAAAUUGUUAAGGAAGUUACUCAAUAUGGAAGUUGGGUAGAAACUAUGAAAGUAGCUAUGAACUUGACUACAAAUUUAUCAAUGGGACCUCCUCGAGCUCCACUCAAAGUUCUAACAAAAGAAAAUAUUGAAACGAUGGCUAAGGGUCUGACCGAAGCAGGAUUGAAAGUAAAUAAAAUUCCUGCAUUGAAAAUGUCUUAAAAUGAAUAAAUGUUUUAAAAUAAAAACCUAAAAAUAUAAGAUAGUUAUGUGAAUAUGAAGUAACAUGGC